ACUCCCACGAAUAGAAAACUAGAUGUGAUCGUGUUUCAAUGUAAUCAAAGUAUGAAAUUAUUUGUAUUUGUAAAUACAAUCUAAUUUUUGGCUUAGUUGUGGUCAAUUUGUAGUGUACAAAUUAUUAUAAUUAUGUUCUGACAUCUGGAUCAUCCCCUCCGACAAAAAUCGUCAGGCGGCUGCAUCUAUAUAGUUGCCUACCCCGAUUUAGAAAAAUGAAUUAUAUGGAAUGGUCUAGAGCAGGGGUGUCAAACUCAUUUUACCCCGAAGACCGCAUUCGGUGUUCAACGACGUCUGGAGAGCGGCACUGACAUCAAAAAAAUAUAUAUUUCCUUGCCUCAAAAUUAUGAAUUGUCGAUGCUCCCCGGCUCUCUAGUGAUUAUUAGAGAGCUGGACACAGUCAAGAAACUGCAGUUUAAUUUUUAGUCACCGGCGGGCAGGAUUGGAACCCCUCGCGGUCCGAAUAUUUGACCCCCGAGCUAGAGUGAUCUUUGUGAAUUUCAGUGUGAUGUGCAUCAAUUAAAUCAAUAUUGGGCAUACUUUGAAUGGGGACAAGUUGCCAUUGGGCAAUAUCAAAGAAACAAUUUAUUGCACUCAACUUUCUGCAAACAGCAGCAGACUACACCAUUAUUUUAUAAUAGAAACCGAAAGCGGCGCGGCAGAGAGGGAAAAACGAAUCUCAAUUUGAGGCGCGGGGCAGAUCAGAUGCUAUAUACAUAGACUGCUCAGAUGUACACUGACAGAGCUAUCACCAUCUUUCAUCGGACAAGUUUCAAUUGUCAGCAUACGGAUUUACUAACAAUAUUUCUUAAAACAAAUUUGCAAGACUUCACAACAACAACUUAACAACAAUAUCCACUGAACAUAUAUCUAUCAUGGAACUCACUAUAACGCUUUUGAACGGGAACUCACUUCCCCUGACAGUUCCGCCACACACCACCGUGGGGUCUCUCAAGAGUUUGAUUCAACAACACUUUGAAGUGGCCACAACAAAGCAGAGGCUGUUAGGCGUCAAUGGGAACAACAUCAGUCUCAGCGAUGAUUCAAAAACUUUGAGCGACUAUGGCCUGCAUUCAGGAUCUAAAGUGAUGGUGCUGAUUACGGAGCCCGCUCCUAUCCAGGUGUUCCUGAAAAGAAAGGGCCAGACACACACAUAUGAUGUGGUGCCUGGUGAGACUGUAACCCAGUUCAAAGCCAAGGUACAAAACAAGGAGGCAGUCCCUGCCAACCAACAGAGGCUGAUUCAUGAGGGGAGGCAGCUCGAGGAUGGCCAGAGGCUGGAGAACUACAACAUCAGAAAUCAAAGCACCAUCUAUCUGACACUCCGUCUAAGGGGAGGCUGAAGAAACCCAGUAUUGACCUGAAACCACCUGUCACAUGAAGCCCUUAACUUAUUAUGCAUUCCAUGUCUAUAGAGAAAAAGUAAUCAAUCUUGAACAAAAAUGUGAAUUGUUCUACAUUUGUAUUCAAUUGUAAACUUUAAAUUAGGCAGGGGUGAUAUAGGCGUAUAUUAAUGAGAUUGUUAUCAAGUAAUAAACAUGUAUAAAACUAAAA